AUGGGGAAGUCCGUGGUGACUCUUCUAAUGCCAAAAAAGGAAUAUCAUAUAGGGGAAGACAUUACUUUUCAUAUAAAAAUCGAGUCAAGAAGUUCACAAGAGAAUCAAGAUUACACAGUUUCGUUAAUACAAAUGUAUAACACAUAUUACCUUUAUUACAGAAAUGUUAUUCAAACAGUAGAAAUCAGUGGCGCACAACGAAUAAUGGUGAUAGACUUAAACGGACAUAAAGAAGUGUUGUUGUACCACAUCAAUCGAGUCGUUUUGGAUACCAACAAACAGAACGUUUAUAUCAAAUAUCCACUUCUAGAGUCCGAGACAUUGCCAAGUGGCUGUGUGUUUGGGGUAUAUCGAGGUAAACGAUAUAUAGUAGAUUAUAUCAACAAGAAAGCAAAUUGGGACUUAGAAGAAGAAGAGAGCUUGGAAGUCACACAAGCAGCUCUAAGUGGUUGCGCGAGUCCAAUUUUAACAGUCGAAGUUGUCAAGUCUGUUGGAUUGUGUGUGAAAGACUUUGAAACGCCGUCGACUGUCUAUUGCGCAGUUGUUAAUGAAAGUGGGAAAUUGGUGAAGUCAAAGGAAGUCAAAAACGUCGACCAAGUCUACGAGAAUGCUCGUUUUGUUAUUCCAUUACACCUCAAAAGAAAGAAUGUUGUUGUUUACUUUUAUCAUAAAAGAUUUUUAAUAAGUGACGUGUUUCUUGGAUGCGUGGAGUUUGAUUUGACACAUCUGAAGUUUGGGAGGAAUAUAGAGACGUGGUUCUAUUUGAAAGGCGGAGAUGAUGGAAACUCAAUUGUUUCCGGAAAAGCACUUAUUCGAGUGUGUUAUGAUAGCAAAGAGAAAAAAGAUGGAUGGAAUGUGGUCGGCGAAUUGUUUAGAGAAAAUUUUGAUUAUUCACUCGCACAUAAUAGAGAAAUGGAAAAAGCUAUGGAGGCACAAAACACUUUAAGACAAAAACUUUUUGCAACACCAAUUUAUGAAAAAAUAGGCAAGGAGUAUUUCCCUGUCAAUUACGACUAA